AGUGCCCGCGAUGUGUUUUUCCACCGCUCGUCGCGAAGCCGCACUGCGGGCAUAAAACUGCCCGCCCCACAUGCAUCACGCAAGUGCGCCUACGUGCCGCUCAAACGUUCUGCCCGAGCAGCUCCCUGGCAAGGCAACGGCUGGCACCCCUCCCAGCCGAUGCCGCACCGCCUGGGCCUGAACGCGGGCACGCCGUUGCUCGUGGAAGCCUUCGUCCGCCAAUGGGGGCCCGGACGCAUUAUUGCGAGUGGGGUCACCCCGGUGCGCCCUCCCCGAGGGCCGGCUAUUCACUACAAAAAGACCGACGGUGCGCCGCCAAGUGCCCAGGCGGACUCUCGGCCCGUUGGCAUGACAAAAUACGCUAGAGAAUGCCACAGAGAGGCAAAAUCCUUUUUCUUCUUUUCUUUUGUUGCUUCGCCCACGGCUCAAGGGCUACCAGCAACGGCAACUCAAUUGCAGGGAAUGCACCAAGCAAAAGUGGGGUAA